AUGCGCCUUGAAGGUCGUGAGUCGCCUGGCUGGGAACAGACGCUUGAGGAGUACAUCAAAGCGGUUCAUGAUCACGAUUACAUGGAGCACCGCUCAAAGUCCAUCAGAGACCCUUUCCUUGCCACGGGGGAGUACAACGUAGACAACUACGUUCUCAAUUGCAACAUUAAUAGUUCUCUCGCCAACGAGAUAACGAGCCACGCUCAAUCCAUCAAGACGUGGGACACGGGCCUCGACGGACCCAGCGAACUGAUCACUGGCACACGCGGAAACAACGUCGCAAAGACAUGGUACCGAGGGUUCAAAGAGCGUAUUAUGAUUGCAGCUACCGGAGGCGCGUUCCUCGUUGGACCCAUGUGGAUCAUGGUGCUGAAGAAAGGGCUCUACACCUCACUUAUUACGACAACAGCCUUCGUUACUGCCUUUGGUAUACUAAUGGCUUACUUUCUCAAUGAGGCCAAGGAUGUCCUGGCUAGCACAGCCGCGUAUGCAGCCGUCCUAGUGGUUUUUGUUGGAACAAACAGCCCGUAG